AGCAUAAAUAUUGCAGCGCGGAAGCAUACAUGAGUGAAUCGACAGUGAUCCAACUGUCAGUCUCUGUCAGUGUCGAUCAAAGGCGGGAGGAUGGCGCUUCGACAUUUAUCCACGGAGGAUUUAAUCACGGAGUUAUUUCAUUUUGGGAUAGAGGUCACUGAAGAGGAGAGAAGUAAAUUCAAAGACAAUGAAGUUGACGGAGAAGCAGUGGACUAUGGAUUGACUGAGAGGAUGGUUUCAUGCCUCUUUGAAGGAUCGUUUAAGAAGCAAGCCAAAUUCAACCGAUUUGUUCAGCAGUGGAAAGAAACCGUGACACUAACCCUCGAGCCUGUCCCGGUACAUUCAGAGAAGGCUACAGCGGAAUCAAGUCAUCCCAUCCCAUCAUCAGCCUUCCCAGCAGUUUUCAUCAUUCCAAAAUUUCCCAGAGAUGUUCAGACAAAGUUGGACCAAAAACCGCCAUGCAAAAUUGAGAGAUCCGAUCACAACAAAAUCAUAAGAACAUUGUAUGAAACCAUUGCCCUGAUCAAAAUGUUUCCGACCAAUGAUGACUAUGUGAAAGUGUGUAAGGCCCUGAUUUUGAAAUACCCUUUCUUAAAGGACAAAGAAGGCAAUGGUUAUCAUACCUGGCACAUGUCUCUCAAACGUAAGUUCAAAUAUGAGCGGGUGCCACUGGUAGAUGAUGAAGAGGUGAGAAGAAUGAAACAGAAAUUUGGUCAUCACACAAAGCCUUUACAACAGGAAGAAAACACAAGCAAACGAGCCAAGGCAUCAAAGGUCAGAGCAUCUUCUUUGGUUUGCUGUAUAUCUAUGUGUGCAUGUUUUACACACAAGCAGUGUGGCCCAAUGGUUAGCCCCUUAACCCAGCGUGGAAGAGAAUAG